GCGGAGGUGGCGGCGGGAGCCAUGACUGGCGUGGAGGCCGAGCAGGAGUUUGACUUUGAUUUCCUCUUCGAGUUCAAGCACAGCGAUGAGGGCGGCGGAGGAGGAGGAGAGCACUACGGCUACCCCCCGGCCAACGUGGGCGCCGGGCUGCCCCUGCCCGUGUCGCACCCCUCGCUGCCCGCCCCGUGCCACGGCCUGCAGACGCCCAACCCUCUCAUCUCCGUGGUGCCCUCCUCUGCCGCUCACCCCUCGGGCUACGGAGGACACCUGGAGGGCGGCGGCGGCGCCUCCGACUACUACCUGCCGCCGCCCCCCGCGGCCAGGCCGAACGGCGCCCCCCCGGCGCUGGAGAGCCCCCGGAUCGAGAUCACCUCCUACCUGGGGCUGCACCAGGGCGCCGGCGGCAGCCACUUCUUCCAGGAGGAGGCGGCGGAGGAGGCGCUGCCCGGCGCCAAGCGCUCGCCCUCCACCGCCACCCUGCACCUGCCCAGCAUGGAAGCCUACCGGGACCCCUCCUGCCUCAGCCCCGCCAGCAGCCUCUCCUCCCGCAGCUGCAACUCCGAAGCCUCCUCCUACGAGUCCAACUACUCCUACCCCUACGCCUCGCCGCAGACCUCCCCCUGGCAGUCGCCCUGCGUCUCGCCCAAGACCACGGAUGCGGAGGGGGAAGGCUACCCGCGGGGCAUGGCCGCCUGCGGGCUGCUGGGCUCCCCGCGGCACUCGCCCUGCGCCUCGCCCCGCACCAGCGUGACGGAGGAGAGCUGGCUGGGGGCGAGGGGCUGCUCCCGGCCGCCCUCCCCCUGCCACAAGAGGAAGCUGGGGCUGAACGGGCGCCAGGCUUCCUUCUCGCCGCACCGCUCGCCCACGCCGUCGCCGCAGGGCUCGCCGCGGGUCAGCGUCACGGACGACACCUGGCUGGGGGCGGGCGGCGGCCACUACGCCAGCUCGGCCAUCGUGGCGGCCAUCAACGCCCUCACCACCGACAGCACCCUGGACAUGGGCGACGGCAUCCCCAUCAAGGCCAGGAGGACGGCUCUGGAGCACGGCCCCGGCGUGGAGCACGGCCCCGGCAUGGAGCACGGCCCCGGGCUGGCUCUCAAGGCGGAGCCGGCGGCCGAGGAGCAUCAGGUGGCCGCCGCCGCCUCGCCCGUCGCGGACCUCUCCCCCGAAGACUUCUCCGGCUUCCAGCACAUCAGGAAAGGCAACUUCUGCGAGCAGUACCUGGCCGUGCCCCAGCAUCCCUACCAGUGGGCCAAGCCCAAGGCGCUGUCCCCGGCGUCCUACGUGAGCCCAUCCCUGCCUGCCCUGGACUGGCAGCUGCCCUCCCACUCCGGCCCCUACGAGCUGCGCAUCGAGGUGCAGCCCAAGUCCCACCACAGAGCUCACUACGAGACAGAAGGCAGCAGAGGGGCGGUGAAGGCAUCAGCUGGGGGCCACCCUGUCGUGCAGCUGCAGGGCUACGCGGGCAGCGAGCCGCUGACGCUGCAGCUGUUCAUCGGCACCGCGGACGAGCGCCUGCUGCGGCCCCACGCCUUCUACCAGGUGCAUCGCAUCACCGGCAAGACCGUGGCCACCUCCAGCCACGAGGCGCUGCUCUGCAACACCAAGGUGCUGGAGAUCCCCCUGCUGCCCGAGAACAGCAUGAGAGCCGUCAUCGACUGCGCCGGGAUCCUGAAGCUGCGGAACUCGGACAUCGAGCUGCGCAAGGGCGAGACGGACAUCGGGCGCAAGAACACGCGCGUGCGCCUGGUCUUCAGGGUGCACAUCCCCCAGCCCCACGGCAGGACCCUCUCCCUGCAGGUGGCCUCCAACCCCAUCGAGUGCUCUCAGAGGUCUGCCCAGGAGCUGCCUCUGGUGGAGAAGCAAAGCACCGACAGCUUCCCUGUCACCGGGGGCAAGAGGAUGGUGCUGACCGGCCACAACUUCCUGCAGGACUCCAAGGUCAUCUUCGUGGAGAAAGCUCCAGAUGGUCACCACGUGUGGGAGAUGGAAGCCAAGACCGACAAGGAGCUGUGCAAGCCAAACUCGCUGGUGGUUGAGGUCCCUCCCUUCCGCACCCAGAGGAUCUCCAGCCCCGUGCAGGUCAACUUCUACGUCUGCAACGGCAAGAGGAAGAGGAGCCAGUACCAGCUCUUCACCUACCUGCCAGCCAACGUUCCCAUCAUCAAGACGGAGCCCACGGAUGACUACGAGCCCGCCCAGCCCUGUGGACCAAUGCCCCAAGGGCUCAGCCCUCUCUCCAAGCCCUACUACAGCCAGGGGCUGCUGCUGCCCCCCGAGCCGCCGCCGGGGCCCUGCCUGGUGCCAGGCUUCGCCUCCUGCCAGCAGCGCAGCCCCCUGCUGCCGCCCGCCCCCAGCGCCAGCCCCAAGCUGCACGACCUCUCCUCCUCCUCCUCCUCCUCCUCCUCCUCCUCGCCCUACGGCCACCUGGGACUUCAGCACCCCGCUGGAGGCGUCGCCACCAUCCAGGAGGUGCCCCGGCCCCUGGUGGCGCAGCCCAGCCCCCCCGAGCCGCAGGUGAGUCACCACGGGAGCGGUAGCUGUCCCCUGGGCCACCAGCAAACACUCUGCCCCGGCAGCCCCUCUGCUCCAGCUCCAUCUCUCACCCAAGAGCCGACCUGCCUGCAGCCCUGCAGCCCAGCUCACUGCUCCUCCAUAACGGCUCCGCUGCAGCAGCUCCUGCCGAAGGCUCCCCGGAGGGAGGCUCCGCCCGGCCAAGCCCCGGCACUGCCGCGGGGGCAGGAGGGAAGUGAGCAUAGCCUGGCCCCAAUCCCUGUAACCAUCAAGAGGGAGCCCGAGGAGUUGGACCAGAUGUACCUGGAUGAUGUAAAUGAGAUCAUAAGGAACGACCUCUCCGGCACCAGUGCCCACUCCUAGCUGUCGCCCCCAGGCCUGGCAGCAGGCCCUCAGACACCUCUGGCCUCGCUGGGCAGCAGCGGGCACCCAGCCCUGGCACCGCUCUGCUCUUCCACCUCGCCCCACCCCAGGAACGAAGACUCGCCUCUGGCUCCCAGGGGAGCUCCUCAGGCAGCAGGAGCUCCUGGAGGGACUUCACCUCAGAGGGAGGGAGGAGAGGCUCAGACAGGACAGCACCAGGGGAGCUUGGCCAAAGCCAGGCAGCCCCUGCCCGGCACUGCCCCC